AUGACGAUGGACAGCAGCUGGGCAGCAGCCGCCCCGAAACAACGAACCGAAGCAGCCGUGUGGCAGUGCGGCGCGUCUGCAGUGACAAAGCGAGAAGCAAGAGGGUCACUCAUGCAGACCGUCCAGGGCUGGCGACGGGGUUUCUUGCUUCUCGCAGCAUCACGAUCGGCCCCGAACGGAAACUCAGAUCAGGGUUUCCCCUCAUCUUCAGCUGGGCUCUUAUGCCUCUCUCACUUUCCCGUUGGCCAAUGCUCGAAAGACAGAAGCAGAAAGAAGCGAAGCAGAUCGCACGGGAUCGCCACACCCAACCGCAACCACGUCAACGAGUUCCAAGUCGGAGCCUCCAGGGCCGCAGGACCGAGAGCUCUUCUCGGUGUGACGGUUGGGUUGGGCGAACAGUCGCGUUGUAUUCACCCUGAGGUUCCAAUUCGGAACCACACGUUGAUAGGUAUAGUUGAUGACGGCCUCGAAGAAACCUGGCCAGAAACCUAA